AUGUACGAACUUGGACACUGCCAUCGACAUCAAUACGAAGGCUCCGAGAAUGGCUAUGAUUACGUGGGAUUGGCCAAGGAACAACUUGAGAAUGCGGACAUGGUGGGUGGGACGCUGGUAUGGCUUUCAAGUGAAUACAUGAGUACUUCGGUCAAGCCGGUAAACUCGAUGGCAGUGUCGUAUCUUUGGAAUUCAUGA